AUGAGUUAAGACCCUUUAAUAACAAAAGAUUGCAAAGAACCGUAAGAUUCGACACCUGAACAAGAUUAUUGCAUUUCAAGAGAAUUGAGUUCACUAGGCGUAUCAAAUUUCUCUCAAAACUCUCUCAUCAGUUAUUAUUCAAAAGAAAGACUAGUUCCAAUACAAAUAUCUUUGUCAUCAAGAUAUGUGUGCUUACUUUUUGAGCCAGAAAAUGGUAUUUAAUAUUACCAUAUACUCCAGAGAUAUUCAAAUGCCCUCCUACACUAAGCCUAUCUUGAAAAGAUUGUAUCUACAUUCCAUCUUUAUGAUCCUAUGGAUUGUGGAGUAAAAUCUAUUGAAGCUGAUGGAGAUGCUCAUUUGAUUUUCUCCCUUAUUUCAAGCUAUGACAAUGAUGUAGACAGAAUCAAAGUUUUGAGAAUUAAAAAGAACAAUCAUGUUUUCGAUAUGACUUAUGCUGCACCAGGCGAAACAAGAACCUAUCUUACUUUUUAAUCGGUUUCAAUUGAUUUCAGAUAUCUUGCUGCAUGCAGAAGAGUUUAAGUUCCAUCAGAAGAGGCCCAAGAUCACAGUACUUAAUAUUAAAGAAUAAGGACAAGGUUCCUCAGUAUUUCAGAUGGCGAAAUAUAGCAAUGUGCUGAAACAGAAGAUGACAUUGUACUAAAUCCACUCAAUCUCUAAACAAAAAUUACCUUUGUUGGCACUACUGGGAAAGCCCUUAUUUGUUUAUUAAAAACAGAUUUGAGUCUCUAUGACGUCAAUGCAAAAUAGUAUCUUAGCAGGCUUCCAUUUUUUUCAUAUCAAGGUAUAGAGAUCGGAUACUAUAUGGAUAUUAAAUAGUACUUUUUAAUCGACAAAUCAAAGGGGAAAGAAUAUUAGAUUGAAAUAACUAAUGAUUAAGUUCAGCUAAUAGACUCCUCUCCAGUAGUAAACAUAGAAGAGAGCGAUGAUAUUGGUUUUUCAAUCUCAAGCAUUCCUUAUUAGUAUUCCACAAAAGGCAUGACUCCAAUUUAUUCAGUCUAGAAUAACACUAGUUUUUGUGUUGCUUAAUAAGCAUUUGAGCUCACCAUUGAUAAUAUGAAAUACUCAAGAUCAAUUAUUUUACCAAGACUCAAAGUAUGCUACACAAUUUCAAAUGUGGAGCCUUACCAGACUGUUGUCUUGGAUUUAAGCAAUCUGGACAUUAGCUUUGUCACUACAAUUCCUACAAGAAAUCUCAGCUAUGGGUGUGAUUCCUCAACUAAUUGCUCUCGUUUUAUAUUAUCAGACUCUGACUAUAAAAAAAGUGAUAUUUGUUAGGGUAUCUCUCUAAUCUCUACUCUUUCAUCAUUCUUCAAAGAAAGAUUAUAUCCAUUGAGGGCUAAUAGAGUCAGGAAUGUUGGAGCAUUCUCUUGCUCAGGUAAAUAUCUUUCAAUGAAAAUUGAUGGUACCUUAAAGAUAUUUGACCUAAUGGAAAAAGUUGAAAUUUUUAGUGCUGUUGGAAUGAAAGCUCUGUUCUCUGAUAACUAAGAAGCAUUUGUACUUCAUGUUGGAGGCUUCAAUUAUCAAUACUUUGCUAUUAACGAUUAGGGCAAAUUCGAAUUAAGAAACCCUUUUAUCAAGAAUGUAGCCUCAAGAGUUGACUUUAUGCCGGGAUCAAAUACUAAAUUGGUCAUUUAUGAUGAAUUUUACAACACUCUAGUAGUCAGAGAUAUGGAAACUAACAAAGUUACCAAACUUGUAAAGAAAGUUACUUUCCAAAGCAGCAAGUAUACUCUUCUUACAGACACUCUCUUUGCUUAUCAAGAAACUAGAGUUACUUCAAAAGGAAAACAAAAUGUUCUAGUAAUAUUCAAUUUCAAAGAAUAGCAUCCCGAAAUUGAGUUGUUUACUGAGGAUCAAAUUCUUUGCGUUAAGCUUUCCUCUGAUUCUAAAUUUAUUUAUGUAGCAACUUCUUCAUGCAUUAAGAUCCUGGACAAGAAUAAUUUGGAAAAGACUAUGUGUUCUUACUCAGUUUCAAAUGUUAUUGAGAUCAUUGAAAAAGAAGACUAGACAUACUUAAUCUGCAAACAUGAUGAAUCUACUCAUCAGAUACUUGGAGUAAAGACUCUAAAUCCUAUACUUAAAACUAAACUACAGACUAAUCAUGAUUCAUUUACAUCUGGAUAAUUCAUUAUGAAAUAUAUUAUCCAAGGACUACAAAAUGAGGACUAAUAAGUCAAAGAAAACGCAAUCAUUGCUUACAGACAAUUUCAUUAAUUAGGUAUGGUUGAUACACACUACGGGAAAAAUGGGGAUACUAUUCUUCAUUAUCUAAUAUAAAACAAUGAUUCUAGUUUACUCAAUUCUUAUUUCAGCGAUGUUUCUGAAGAUCAUGAUUUAUAUCAUUGCUCAUUUGCAGGAAAGAGCCCUCUCUCAUACGCUUAUGAAAGUAAUAAGAUGCAGCAUAUGAAUAUCAUGCUAGAAUACUUUAUAAGUAACCCUAAAAAAUUCUUUGCUCUUUCUGAAGAUCUUUUAAAUUUAAUGGAAUGCUCACUCCCAUCAGCAAAGACAAUGAUUGUCAAUCUAUUUUAGACUCCUCAUUUAUUUAAAUGCUCAUUACCCUACUAAAUCCCUUCAAGUGAAAGUAUCAUUUUGCUCCCUAUAGAGGGUAAUCAAUUAGGAGUUCCACUAUGCAACACUAUUGUCGAGAAAUUCUAAGAAUCAGAGGGGGAUAGCGUGACUGUUUAGCUAGCUACCACUAAAUUUUUGUAUAACUUUGAGAGGGGAUCAAAAUCAAGUCUUGAAUUCUUAUCUAGAUAUGCAAAUGAAGAUUCAGAGGAAGUUGUAAGAUCUAAACUUAGACUUAUUAUACUUUAUAAAUAUGAAGAAUGCUUAAAGUUCUUAAAAUUAUAGACUGGAAUUUUCUUUUUACUUCUCUCCCUUUACAUGUUGAGGUCAGUUUUCUUUAGGGAUUCAAUUACUCUGACAACUAUAGUGCUUUUGCUAAAUACAGUAUUUGUUGGAUAUGAAAUCAACCAAAUGGUAAGAAGUGGUCUUAAGGGCUACUUUGACAGUAUUUGGAAUUACACAGAUAUUACUGGUUUCAUGUUACUCUAUGUAGGAGUGCUUGGUCCACUAAUUCUGACUGUCAAUGAGAGUGAUUUCUUCUCUCAAUCCAUUAUUAUGAUUGAUAACAUCACAGUUAUGUGCUUGCUUUUGAGAGGUAUGUCUCAUUUAAGAAUCUUUAGUAACCUCAGAUAUCUUAUCAAUAUGAUUGUUGAAAUCAUCAAGGAUAUGUCAAGUUUCUCAAUCCUUUUGAUCUACUGGAUGAUUGGAUUCAACUUGAUGUUCUACUCAUUUAAGUAUCAAAAUGAAAUGAAUGGCUAAGAAAACAAAUCUUUCAAUUAAGACAUUUCAAGUAGCGUAUUCUUUACUGAACUACAACAGACUUACAAGCUCUCAUUUGGAGAUUUCGACACUGAAGGCUUUAAUGGAUUCCAAUGGGCUCUUUUCGUAAUUUCUUCUUUCUUCAUUCCUCUUGUGCUGUUCAAUCUAAUUAUUGCAAUCAUGGGAGAUACCUAUGAUAGAGUUUAGACUUCAGCUGCAUGUGUUGAUCUUAAGGAAUAAGCCAAUCUUAUUCUAGAAGUAGAGGGAUUACUCCACUGGAAACUAGACGCUGGCGAAGAGAGAAGAACUCUUAUUUGCUAUAGCGAGGAUCUCGGCGAUGAAGUCAGUGAUUCAGCUGCCUGGGAAGGCAAGAUCAAGGGUCUCAUUAAAAAGAUGGAUAGAAUCGAAGAGAAAAUUGAUCAAACAGCGUAGUAUGCUAGAAUUACUAACAAAUUAGUUACUCAGAACUUCCAAAACAUGAAGCAAGAGAUGAUCUCUGCUCUUGGAAUGGAAAUCAGAGCUCAACUUAAAAAGUCUUAACAACAGUGA